UCAUUGGGAGCUCGGCCGUUGAGUCUCUGAGGCACCAUAGAGGAAAAGGCUAGAGCGUCUCUAGACAAUGGUGCCCAUUAGGCCUCUAAGGCAACAUAGAGGAAGGGGCGAGACUGGCGUCGCUAGUAAAUGAAUGGCGCCCGUGAGGCCUCCGAGGCACCAUAGAGGAAAGGGCUAGAGCGUCGCUAGUCAAUUAAUGGCGCCCGGCGUUAGGCCUCUGAGGCACCAUGAGGAAGAGCUAGAGCGUCGCUAGUCAAUGGCGCCCAUUAGGCCUCUGAGCUGGGCUUCCUUGUGUCCACACUGCCAUUUCCCAAUUGCUCAUGGCACUGAAGGCAGAAACUCCCCUCCUGGACUACAUAGAGGUCUCGUCCUCUGUUUUACGUUACAAGGAGAAGGAGAAAGCGGACGCAGGUGCUGUGGUGCCUGACUGUACCCGGGUCAAACGUGAUGGAGCCAGUUCAAACGCCACGGGCAAAGGGGAGCAGCUGGUUCCAAGUGUGGUGCCAGGGAGUGGACAGGAAGAAGCGGGAAGCUCCUGGAGACAGGAGUACCUGAUAGCCGAAAGCCAUGGCCGGCCAGUUUGUAUGGUGUGUGGUAGUGUCCUGAGCUCAUCAGGCCCUGCAGCGGCCCGCAAGCACAUCCUACAACAGCACGCCCACUCACUCGACUUCAACCUAGAAGAGAAGCACAACAUCUUGGAGGCCUGGAGCGAGGGAGCUGUCCUGCCAACGGUAGAGCCCCAACCCUCGCUGGAAGGCAGUUUCGGUGGGAGCAAGCAGCAAGCUGAAAUUGAAGUUCUCCUCGAUUCAGAGGAGCAGCCAUCGGGUCGGAAACGUGGGCACCUGAAAGCACGCUGUGAGUUGUUACACUUAGACCCUGAGCGACGAGCACAAGGUCGGCCGAGGCGGCACAACUCAGACAGUGCCAAAGACGUGAGGAGCAAACAAUCCAGCAAGGUGGCAGGGAAGGAGUGGCUCUCAGAGUGUGGUGUCCCAGGUUCGGCACCUGCUGAAAUCCGGAUCUUCACUGAUGGCACCUUCCCGGCUGGAUUCACCUUAAAACUGUAUUGCCGGACUCAGCCAGAACCACCUCAAGACUCUGGAGUUAAGACGGAUACAAGGAAGAAGAAAACAGUGGAUCGAAACUGUUCUGUGUCUCUGCUGAGGCUUCACUCCACCGAUUCUCCCCACCACCUCUGCUCAAGCCAAGGUGCCACCUCUCGCCCUCUGACCAGCUCUGCUGGUAGCAAUGCCAAAGACUGUGGUACCAGAGCUGGCCAGCGAGAAGCCUCAGCGGGCAAGGAGGAUGCUGCCCUCCUGGCCAAGGGCUUCAACCCCAUCUGGCGAGCCCGCUUCCUCAUGGACUUUGAUACUGCCGCCGGUCACCUGGUGUGCAUGGUUUGUGAGUACCCACUGAGGCGCGUGUGCCUGGCCACUGUCAAGCGGCAUAUCCUCCAGUGCCAUGCCGAGACCCUCAACCUGCCCCGUGAGGUCCGCCGCACCAUCCGUGAAGUCUGGGAGAGCCGGAACCAGUCUUCCCCUCCAGCCCCGAAGAAGUGAAGGGCUGGCUGGUCUCCGUCACACCACAGUACUCUUGGAUCAGCCUCCUCCUGACCUAGUGCUCUCCACUUUGGUUGGACUAGAGCUCCUACAGUCCCCCAGCUGGGCAUAGCUAUGCUGGCUAGGGGUGUUGAGAGGUUCUAGUCCAGCCUAUUGGGAGGGGUCACCAGUUUGGGGAAAGCUGCACUGUGAGAAAUGAGGGAAAGUUAAUCAUUCCAUGGAUACCGUAGUUGUGGGGUGGGUGAUUAUGGCAGUCAGUGCCAAAGUGAAUUCUCUGCCCCACAGGAUGAUACAUUCUGUUGUUGAUUUUGCUUCUAAAGAGUGAUAGAAAGUAGCCAAGGCUUCUCCUUCUUCCAUCUUCUCACCCCUUCUUUCCAUGCCAGCUCCUGCUAUUCACUGCAAGUGGAGAGAGGCAGACGGGGUGAAAGUGGGAGCAGGCACAGUAAAACCAGCAAGAGAAGUUAUUGCUGCCUCUCCUCCCCCUUUAUAUGGAUACUUUUUUGUUUAAAAUAAGACUCAGGGCAGAACCUUCAAGCUGCCACCAGCUCCUUUCCCUUGUUCACAAAGCUUUGCUUCUCCAUUGUCCCCAGAGAUCCUGGGAAGGGGGCAGAAGCACUGCUCUGGAUCAGCCUGUUGGAUUGUUUGUUGUAAUGAAUCAGUUUCAACAUUCCCAGAACAGUGAAAACAAAACAAAAAACAAGAUGCUUCUGGUUGGUAAGAGUAUACAUCCUUUCCUCCUCUCCUGAUACUAGAACAAGGAGCACACUCUACUUGUACCCAUGGUAGGGUGCUGAGCAUUUAUGCCUGGCUGUGGUUUUCCCAGACACUCACCCAGAGAGGGAGAGAGUGGAGCUGUCAUUAGGUAGGACAUUCACAUGGCAAUUCAUUAUAUGAAGAGACAAUAAAUUAUUUUUUAUGAUAUA